CGCUCCCAGGCCCGCGCCGCCGCCGCCGCCGCAGCCAUGGCGGAAGUUCAUAGACGUCAGCAUGCUCGGGUUAAAGGAGAAGCCCCCGCGAAAUCCUCCACACACAGAGAUGAGGAGGAGCUGGGGAUGGCGCCGGCCGAAACGCUGACCGUGUUUCUGAAGCUGUUGGCCGCCGGCUUUUACGGCGUGAGCUCCUUCCUGAUCGUGGUGGUGAACAAGAGCGUGCUCACCAGUUACAGAUUUCCCUCCUCCCUAUGUGUUGGACUUGGCCAGAUGGUGGCCACAGUAGCAGUUCUGUGGGUGGGAAAGGCACUCAGAGUAGUCAAGUUUCCUGACUUUGACAGAAAUGUACCUCGAAAGACGUUUCCACUACCUCUACUAUAUUUUGGGAACCAAAUCACGGGACUGUUCAGCACAAAGAAACUGAACUUGCCAAUGUUUACAGUUCUAAGAAGGUUCUCCAUCCUGUUUACAAUGUUUGCUGAAGGAGUUUUACUCAAGAAGACUUUUUCUUGGGGUAUUAAAAUGACUGUAUUUGCAAUGAUUAUUGGAGCCUUUGUAGCUGCCAGCUCUGACUUGGCAUUUGAUCUGGAAGGAUAUGUUUUUAUUCUGAUAAAUGAUGUCCUGACGGCAGCAAAUGGUGCAUACGUAAAACAAAAAUUAGAUUCAAAAGAGCUGGGAAAAUAUGGUCUGCUCUAUUAUAAUGCACUGUUCAUGAUUCUGCCCACCCUGGCCAUUGCGUAUUUCACAGGAGAUGCACAAAAGGCAGUGGAGUUUGAAGGCUGGGCCGACACCCUCUUUCUUCUGCAGUUCACCCUCUCCUGUGUGAUGGGGUUUAUCUUGAUGUACGCCACAGUACUCUGCACUCAGUAUAAUUCUGCUCUUACAACUACAAUAGUUGGCUGUAUUAAGAAUAUAUUAAUAACUUAUAUUGGAAUGGUCUUUGGUGGAGAUUAUAUUUUCACAUGGACAAACUUCAUUGGCUUAAAUAUCAGCAUUGCUGGGAGCCUGGUGUAUUCCUACAUCACUUUCACUGAAGAACAGCUGAGCAAACAGUCAGAGGCCAGUAACAAGCUGGACAUUAAGGGGAAAGGAGCAGUGUGAUCAGAGGAGUGCUUCAACUAUGUAGGCCCAAGUUUUUGAUCAGCUCAGAACACUGGCAGUUCCUACGCAGAUACUGAGGUGUCUUGAUGGAGAAAAUACCAUUCCUUUGCACUUGUACAAUCUGAGGAUUGAUUGCUGCCUUUUAAAAUUUUAUGAUGAAAGAAACUUA